AUGGCGCCGAUUCCGGUUACAGGUGUCCAGUGCGGAAAAGGUCCCCAUGGUGAAAUUCCCCUUCGUGUAGAAAUCCACGACUUGCAGAAGGACAUUCACAAAUGGAGUCUUUACGUCUUGGCAUUGAGGAUCUUUUACGAUAGACCGGCGGAUCAUCCGAAAUCAUACUUCCAGAUUUCAGGGAUACAUGGAAUGCCAUAUCUGCCAUGGAAUGGCGAAGAAGUGCCCCGAAAUGGGCCAAAACCAACGGGCUAUUGCACCCAUAGUACUGUUCUCUUCCCAAGUUGGCAUCGUCCAUAUGUUGUUCUCUACGAGGCUAAGAAUACCCAGCAACUCAUCCAAGAAAUCAUAGCAACAGAGAUCUUGCCAAAAAUUCCACAGAGUGAUAAAGACUACGAUAAGUACAAGACGGCGACUGAGACAUUUAGAAUCCCUUUCUGGGACUGGGCGGCUCCCCCGCCAGAGUCACAACAGGAGAUUAUCAACAAGUGGCUUCCUCCAACCUCCCAAGAAAAGAAAGUUCCAAACUUGGUUCCUGGAUUUCCCCAGGUCAUAGAUAAUCCUCUCUACCAAUAUGUCCUAAAGCCACAGGGCGGAAAGGCAACGUUUGGUGACUUUGGUGUUGGGACACUAAAAGUCGGGCCCGACGAAGAUGUAGAAUACAAAGAUUGUGUCGGCCUCAGCAGGUGCCCGGAAAACAAGUACUAUCUGACGAAGGAAGAGGCUGAGAAGGAAGGUGUCGUGUGGAGUGCAGACUUUCCAGGAAAGUGGCGUGAGGGAGAAAUAUUGAGUUAUGAGGUUUAUAAGAACUUUACGGACUCUAUGCCCUGGUUUAUCCCUGGCAUUAAACCGGAAAUUUCAAAAAAAGAGCAUGAUGCGGCCGAAAACGUCUGGCGCCUAUUCAAUUACUCCUUGACAUACCCUGAUUUUGCCACGAAUGGAGACCUUCCCAAAGACGACGAUGACGUGAAAAGAGGGCACUGGUAUCAAAGCUUGGAAUCUAUCCACAAUAAUGUCCAUCUCUUUGUCGGUGGAGGGAAUAACGGACAUAUGACCCAAGUCCCUGUUGCUUCGUUCGAUCCAUUUUUCUGGCUUCACCAUGCAAACGUCGAGCGAUUUUAUUCAAUAUGGCAGUAUCUUCAUGAUGAUCAGUGGUUCGGAGAUACCACUGAAAUACUGAAGGAUUCCACUGGAAAUAUGUUAAACGACAAGGGAGAAGUUGUUGACAACGAAAAGGACGCAGCUCGGAUCACUGUUGGCCCUAAAACUCCACUUGCGCCUUUCCGGAACAACGGAGGUAAUUUCUAUACCUCUAACGAUGUCCGUAACCACACUGUAUUCAACUACACCUAUCCGGAGCUGCAGAACUGGAAAUACCCUAGUAAGGAAGAACACAAGAAGGCGAUCAACGCUCAGAUCAACAAGACAUAUGGCGGUCAUAAGGCCGAUACCCUCAUAAAAAAGAGGACAAGUGAGGCUGAGACACUUGAAGUCGUCAUCAAUGUCAGCUUCUAUAAGUUCCUCUUCUCGGGCAUGCCUUUCAACGUGAAAAUAUACCUUCAAUAUGGUGACAAGAAGGACCCUGCCAAGGAUUACAUUGGCAACGCAUAUAACUUCAGCGCCCCUUCAAGUUCCGAUGGGAAAGAAGUUUGUUCUAACUGCACAAUCCUCGAGUUGAGCAGAGCCACUUGUACCGCACAGGUGGUGGUCAGCCACAUGUUGAAAUUCUUCCCCUUGUAUCCAGGUGAUGAAAACAUUGAUAUCGAGAACGCAGACCAGGUCGAAAAAUUCUUGAAGAAGCGUCUAUACGUUCAGAUUAUUUCGGCCACUGGAAGGGAAAUAGUCCCACCCAACACAAAUGAUAACAAGCCUGCCAUUACUGUUUCAGUUGCACAUUCAGGCGAUGUCGCUGAACUUUUGGUCGUCGGUACGGGGGCGCUGGUUCUGACCGGCACUGGCGCAGUUCUUGGAACAGUCAAUAAUGCAGGAGAAGUGAUUCUCGGCAAUGGAUCUACGAAGAGUCUAAAGGAAGUAUCCGGGGUUACUAACAAAGGAGCACGAGACCUCGUCGAACUUGCAGGGGGUCUUACUGCCGCUGCUACGGGCGUAUUGGGUGGAGGCCUAGGUGGCCUGGGUGGUAGUGGCAAGAAAGAUGACAGAGGCGGAAGAGGUGGUGGAUUCGGACUCUUCUAA